CGUUAGGCAGUUUUAAUAUCUGUGUAUCAAUAUUUACAUUUUUAGAACGAAUCAUACAUCUUCCCGCGACCUUUCCUUUUCCUAUUACCAAUAUUUCUUCACAUAUAUAUUUUUCGUUAACAUAAUUCUUCCUUUGUAAAUUACAGUAGUGCACGAUCUACAGAGCAUAGAUAUCGUAACAGAUAUGUCAGAUAGCGAGGAAAGUUCAAACUGCUUAAUAAAUAAUAAAUGGAUGUGGUAUUAUUUGACAAACGACAUGGAAAAUGCAAUAUGCAAUAUUUGUGAUAACUUUUAUAAAUUAUAUCACAUUAAAUAUAUGAUAUUGCAUACAUUGAGUUCACAUCGGAAUUUUUGUAAUCCCUUGAGAGAGGAAUAUCCCUAUUCUAUAACAGAAAAUGGUGUAAAAUGUGAUCGUUGCUAUUUGACUUGUUUGUUAUCUUUGACGCCAACUCCUUGUAUACAAUAUCACAUAGAAGAAAAGCAUAAACUUAACAAAGAUAUAGCUAAUGAACUCAAAAAUUGGGUAAAUCAGCAACUUGAUAUAAUUGAGAAAUGUGAGACUUGCGAACAAUUUGAAAAAUUGGAUAUUUUCAAUUUAAUGGUACAUUUAUUCGAAGUUCAUGAUGUCACUGUACCUCCAAAAUUUAUACCAAAAGGCACAUUAUCACCAAGAUUAUACAAUCUUUUUCAUCGUGAUAGGAACACCGCAGAUAUUCCAACGUCUAGCAGCAAUCAGCUGCCAACUUGUAACACUUUGAGAACUUACGUUGAUAAUUUUUGUUCCGAUUUACAUUCUGAUAGCGCAGUGGAGUCUAUUGAAGAAGAUGUUACAGGCAAUCUUCCUGAUAUUGCACCAUCAAGCAGCUUACUUUCUGCUGAUACUGCUGAAGAUCUGCCAAAUGUCCAGGCUAGUUGGAUGUGGUAUUAUUUGAGAACCGAUAUGAAGAAUGCAAAAUGCAAUAUUUGUAAUCAUACUUAUAAAUUACAUUACAUUAAACUAUGAUAUUGCAUACAGUGCGUUCACAUCGGCAGUUUUGUAAUCUUUCGAAAAAGGAAUAUCCUUAUUCUAUAACAGAAAAUGGUGUAACUUGUGAUCGUUGCACUGCGACUUGUAUGCUAUCUUUGGAUACAACUGGUUAUACACAACGUCACAUAGAAAAGAAGCAUAAACUUAACAAAGUUUUAGCUAAUAAACUCAAAAUCUGGGUAAAUAAGCAACUUGAUAUAAUUAAGAAAUGUGAGGAUUGCGAACAAUUUGGGAAAUUGGAUAUUUUUAAUUUAAUGGUACAUUUAUUCGAGGUCCAUAAUGUCACUGUACCUCCAAAAUUUAUACCAAAAGGCACAUUAUCACCAAGAUUAUACAAUCUUUUUCAUCGUGAUAGGAACACCGCAGAUAUUCCAACGUCUAGCAGCAAUCAGCUGCCAACUUGUAACACUUUGAGAACUGACGUUGAUAAUUUAUGUUCCGAUUUAAAUCCUGAUAGCGCAGUGGAGUCUACUGAAGAAGUAGUGCACGAUCUACAGAGCAUAGAUAUCGUAGCAGAUAUGUCAGAUAGCGAGGAAAGCACAUUAUCACCAAGAUUAUACAAUCUUUUUCAUCGUGAUAGGAACACCGCAGAUAUUCCAACGUCUAGCAGCAAUCAGCUGCCAACUUGUAACACUUUGAGAACUUACGUUGAUAAUUUUUGUUCCGAUUUACAUUCUGAUAGCGCAGUGGAGUCUACUGAAGAAGAUGUUACAGGCAAUCUUCCUGAUAUUGCACCAUCAAGCAGCUUACUUUCUGCUGAUACUGCUGAAGAUCUGCCAAAUGUCCAGGCUAGUUGGAUGUGGUAUUAUUUGAGAACCGAUAUGAAGAAUGCAAUAUGCAAUAUUUGUAAUAAUACUUAUAAAUUACAUUACAUUCGAACUAUGAGAAGGCAUACAGUGAGUUCACAUUGGGAGUUUUGUGAUCUUUCGAAAAGGUAUAUCCUUAUUCUAUAACAGAAAAUGGUGUAAAAUGUGAUUGUUGCCCUGCGACUUGUAUGCUAUCUUUGGAGACAACUGGUUGUACACAACGUCACAUAGAAGAGAAGCAUAAACUUAACAAAGAUUUAGCUAAUAAACUCAAAAUGUGGGUAAAUAAGCAACUUGAUAUAAUUAAGAAAU